AAAGAAAUAUCACCGGCAUCCGGUUUGGUGAUCUGUCAACUGUAAAGUUGUUCUUGUAUUUUUUGCCAUUACACGAAUCGUUCUUUUCUUAAUUCUCUUGUGGCCUUCCAAGUGAUUAUUCUUUCUAUAAACAUUUUCUCAUAAACAAGGAAAUUAUUACUGUUGUUUUUUUCACAUAGUAAAAACCAUGUCUGAGAAACAUUUGCAAACCGGUGAUGAACUGCCAGCGUUCGGCGGAAAACUGCGCUUAUUUGCAAUGAGAUUUUGUCCGUACGCUGAAAGAAGCAUUUUGGUUCUGAAUGCCAAAAAAAUUCCUUACGAUCACGUAUUUAUUAAUCUUGAUCAGAAGCCUGAAUGGAUCUUCAAUUUCAGCCCAAAAGGCACUGUACCAGCUCUAGAAUAUGAACAGGGCAAGGGUAUCUUUGACAGUAACAUUAUUAACUAUUACUUGGACGAGAAAUACCCAGAGGUGCCCCUGCAGCCUACUGACCCACUCCGUAAGGCUCAAGACAAGAUGCUAGUUGAACAACUUACUGGGGCUCAAUCAGCAUACUAUACUGCCGCAUUUAACUCGCCCGCUCUGACACCGUCCAUGGUGGAAACCUAUCACAAAGGUCUUGAAGUUUUACAGAAGGAAUUAGAAGUCCGUAAAACCAAGUUUUUGCACGGUGACGAACCUGGUUUGGUGGAUUAUACCAUCUGGCCCUUCUUGGAACGUUUCCAAGCUCUGCCGUUGUUGGGCAAGGAAGAGUUUGCUAUUGAUAAAACUAAAUAUGAUGCUUUGACUAAAUACAUUGAGGAAAUGAAAAAUGUACCAGCCGUGAAAUCAUAUUGUUUGGCUCCGGAGACUCAUGCCAAAUACAUUGAAUCUAGGGCUAAAGGCAAUCCAGAUUACAAUAUGCUUGAUACCAGCGCUGUUUGCUGCAUGCGUCCUAGGAAGAAGAAGGAAUAAAUAUGAAACAUCUUAAUGUAUUUUUACUGUCCCAAAAUGUACACAUGAUUCAUGCUUUUAAAAGACAUUGUUAAUUUUUUUUUUGAGAAAUAGAUUAUUUCGUCCAGUGUU